CGAGGGGGUGGGGUGACGGUGACAAGUGCGAUUGUUGACGUCCCUUAACCUAAAAAAAAACCAAACAUGUUAAGAAGUCGUAGAAAUCGCAAAUAAACUCGUUCAAUAAUGAAACAAUUGUAGAAAAUAUGAAAUUGAGGUGACAGGGAACUAGAGCAUCACCUGUGCCUUCAAAAAUGGGCUGGAGAGGCUCUCCAAGACUUCCUGCUAUUCCAUGUACUUAUGAAGUUUUAAUAGUUUCCCUGGCAUCUCUCUGCUUCAUAAAUUCAUACGAUGGGGAAUUCGUCUUCGACGAUUCACCUGCCAUCAUCAAUAAUCCUGAUGUCUCCACUACUUCGUUAUCAGCAAUAUUUACCAAUGAUUUUUGGGGGAACAAACUGACACACAAACAGAGCCAUCGGUCUUACAGACCAUUGACAAUCUUGACAUUCAGGUUUCACCAUUGGUUAAGGGGACAGCUCAUUCCCAUAGAUUUCCACGUAAUCAAUUUAAUCCUUCACACAAUUGUUUCAUUGUUAACUCUCGUUGUUUUCAAAAAAUUAUUUAAACGGGAAUCGAAGUACCUGGCUUUUUAUGGUGCUGUGCUUUUUGCUGUUCAUCCAGUUCAUUGUGAAGCUGUUUCAGGAAUUGUUGGUAGAGCAGAUAUUCUCAGUGCAAUGUUGGUUUGGCUAUCAAUUUUAUCUUACGACAAAAGUAUCUAUUGCAGACGUUUAAGUAAAAUGUUCUUAUAUUUGUUGAUUUGUGUGAUGUUUAUAACUGCUGGAAUGCUGUGUAAAGAAACUGGAAUCACAGCCAUUGGUCUGUGCAUUGUCUACGAUUUAUCAAAACUCCACGAGAAAAAUCCCCACAUGCUGCGUAUCCCCGCGGAGGUGAAAUCGACGAUUGUUGAAAAUUACAGAUUUAUUAUUCGUUUGUCUACUUUAGUCUUUACUGGAAUGCUCCUUAUGGGGAUCAGGUUCAGUCUAAUGGGGUUUUCACCACCGAUUUUCCAAGCUGUUGAUAACCCCUCGUCAUUUCUAAACAGCUCAUCACUUCGUUACCUCAAUUAUCAGUAUAUUUAUUCACUGAAUCUUUGGUUACUCGUCUGCCCUCACUGGCUGUCCUUCGACUGGUCCAUGGGCAGUGUUCCUCUGAUUGUUGGAUGGGACUGGAGACUGUGUGCAAUUGCCUUGUUAUGGAGUUUUUUAUUGUUAUUUUGUGGAGUAGCUGUGAGGGCACCACAUCGAGACUUUUCGAGGUACAUCCUGACAGGUUUAUCCUUCCUGAUAAUCCCCUUUCUCCCCGCAAGCAAUGUCUUCUUCAACGUUGGCUUCGUCCUGGCAGAGAGAACCCUCUACCUCCCAUCAGCUGGCUAUUGUCUUCUCCUGACCAUCAGUCUCCAGAAGCUCUGCAAACUCCUCACCAGCCCCAAGAUCCCCCUCUUUCUCUACACAAUCCUCAUCACCAUCUGGUUCGCAAGGUCAUGGGAUAGAAGUGCGGAAUGGAAGACUGAGUUUUCCCUCUUUCGUUCUGCAUUGAAUGUCUGUCCACUCAAUGCCAAAGCUCACUACAAUGUUGCCAAGAGUGCUGCGGACCUGGGGAAUAUCAGUCUGGCGGAGGUGGAGUACAGAGAGGCUUUGAGACUGCAUCCUAACUACUCCCAGGCGAUGAAUAACCUGGGGAAUCUGAUGAAGGACCAGGGAAGGUACCAGGAUGCUGAGAUGUUUCUGAGACGAUCUAUUGAGCUUCAAGAGGAUUUCGCAGCAGCUUGGAUGAACCUAGGAAUCGUCCUGUCGGCGUUAAAAAAAUUCGAAGAGUCCGAGAACUGCUAUAAGACCUCGUUGAUGCAUAGACCUAAUUGCCCAGAUUGUUAUUACAAUUUAGGAAUUUUGUACAUGGAACAGCAAGAGUACUCGAAGGCUCUCGUCGCCUGGGCUGAGGCAAUCUCCAGGAAACUCAAACACCGAAGAGCAUGGACCAAUACUAUAAGACUUCUGGAUGACAUGGAUUUGUCUGACGAGGCGUUGGAGAAGGGCAAACAGGCGGUGGAACUAUUCCCUGAGGACGCGGUAAUUCGCUUGAACAUUGCGAACAUCUGGGGGAAACUUGGGAAAUUUCCAGAGGCUGAGGAGGAGUUCAAAAAUGCUAUGAGACUGGACCCGAGAAAUCCGACGAUAUUAACAAAUUUGGGUAUUGACUUUAAGAUACGCACAAUCGAGCUAGAUGGAAAGAAAAUAAAGCUACAAAUAUGGGACACUGCCGGUCAGGAGAGGUUUAGGACAAUCACAACAGCCUACUAUCGUGGAGCAAUGGGUAUAAUGCUCGUGUACGAUGUAACAAACGAGAAAAGUUUUGAGAAUAUUAAAAAUUGGAUUCGUAACAUCGAAGAGAAUGCAUCGGCAGACGUUGAGAAGAUGUUGCUAGGUAAUAAAUGUGAACUGACGGACAGGAGACAAGUGUCCAAGGAGAGGGGUGAGCAAUUAGCUGUUGAAUAUGGUAUUAAAUUCAUGGAGACAUCGGCAAAGUCCAGUAUCAAUGUUGAGGAGGCCUUUUACACUCUGGCCAGAGACAUCAAGACCAAAAUGGAAAAAAAAUUGGAGGCAUCGAAUCCACCAAAAACUGGUGGCAAUCAACUUAAAGCAUCUGAACCAGCGAGAAAGCCACCAAAUUGGUUAGCAAGAUGUACUAUACUCUGACCCAUCAUCAUUAAGUCAACCCUUUACAAUGGUAAAAAAAUUUUUUACACAUCACCAUCGACAAUCGACGAUACAAAAAUUGCACCACAACCGAAGGUGCAUCGAUGUAUACCUAGUAAUCAACGACUCAAGUGAAAAAUAAGAAACAACUCGACGAGAUUUGAUUUUACUUUGAAAAAAAUUAUUUUAAAAAUAACAAAAUGAGGAACACAAAAAUCAACUUCAAUUCGUUCAGUUAUUUUCUCAGAAAAUUUAUCAUGAAGGCAAUUAACGAGAACAUGGGAAUUAUGGUUGCCGUUGACCAAAUCCACCCUUGCACAGUACUCUUUUUAUUAAUCUAGCUGUUAAUUAUGUAUUUGCAUUAUGGUGAUAAGGAAAAUAAUUAAUGACGGUGGAAUGAAUUUGUUCGCUCAUUCGAUAGUACAAUCACGACUGCGGCAAUUAAAAUCGAUUAAAUGAUUCCAUUUUUUCGUGAUAGAAGGGGGGGGGAGUGAAUGAGUUUUGCGCAAUUAAUUCUUCCUUUGUGAUUUUACCGACAUCACUCUAUUGUAGGAGAUUCCUUGAGUGAGGGAGUGGUGAAGUGUUAAUUGUCUCAUAAAUAUUAGGCCUGAGGAAAAAUGCUUGACGACAUUUUUAAGUGGAGGUGAUAAUUAAUGAGAUAGUGAUGAAAGUAAAAUUAUUGAAAUUUAGAUUUUGCAAAUUGAAGCGAUUUGAUUCAUUGAUAGACACGGAAAAAAAUAUGGAAAAUUGACUGCAUUACAACGAAUAUGUUGUUUCAUAUUUUUACCUGCGUCUAAUUAUACUGGGGUAGUUGGCAAAUUAAUUUAUGAAUACUAAACGAUCCAGUGUUCAACUCAAAUUUAUUACUUUGGUAAUUAUCUCAUUAACUAGUCAUUUUCUGGGAAGAUGUCAUAAAACACUUUUUUUAGAGAAAGAAAUUUUCCCCAAAAAAUUGCUAGGGGCUUUUCGGUCUACAUUCAAGGAUUUCCGAGAUAAUCGCAGAGCAAUAUAAUAAUUUUGCGUAUUUUUCCACUCCCUCGCUUAAUUCUAAUAUUCCCUUCAUUUAAUAGCACGUGUACCGAGAGUUAUAGGUGAAUAAUAUUACUUGGCGUGUAGAGAAUAAUUUAAGGCCGGGAUUUCUCUCCUUAUGUUCAUAAUAAAAUCGAAACUAGCUUUUUCACUGCGAAAAUCAGCCGAAAAUAAUAAUUGUGAUGCUCGAAAAAUUCCAUGAGAUCCGAAAAUAACUGUUUUUUCAUGUUUCAUAACGUUUGAUAAGGGUUUAUUUUGUAACCACGUCGCACUUUGCAAGGGAGUGAUAUAUUCGCUCGAUUUUGCUCAUUGUUCAUUGGUUCAUUCGACGAUACCAGGGGUUGUUUGGUAACCUCAAUAUUGGCAUUUGUUUCAUCAACUCAAACAUGCAAGACAACAACUAUUAUAAUACAUUUUAUAUUAAUCCUA